AUGAGUUGGCCGAAGUUACCAGCGAGAGCUGCAUACCUGAGUUUGCAGAAUGAAAAGCGAAGGAAUGCGCUAUCUUUGGAGGUGCUGCGCAGUCUUCGAGAGCAGCUGAUUCGCUACAACACCUCUCCCGUAGAUGGACGACUUCGAAUACUGCCUCCGUUCAAACCGAUGCUGCUGAAGGAUCUCGAGGAUAUCUCUGAUGGCCAUGCAUCCAAGGAGACGCAGCAAGAGUAUGCCUGGCUACUAGAUGGGCCUACUUGGCACCGUGAGCGCCAAGGUCUUCCGAAUGUCAUCGUCUUGCGUAGCAAUGGGCCCGUCUUCUGCUCAGGACACGAUCUCGGAGAGCUUCGAACGAUCUCCCGGGACGAGAUCAAGGAGACAUUCGCUCUUUGUGCAGAGGUCAUGAGCUUGAUUAGGCGAUCUCCAGCCCCAGUGGUUGGUGUAGUUCAAGGACUCGCAACAGCUGCCGGCUGCCAAUUGGCGUUGACAACAGACCUUCCAAUAGCUGCAGCAUCGACGCAGUUCCGCUUACCCGGAGCCUCAAUGGGCCUACCUUGCACUUCUCCGUCGACUGCCGUGUCACGAAGACUUGGACCUCCUUUCACGUAUCGCAUGCUUGCAUUGGCAGAGCCCGUGAGUGCGGAUCAGCUUCCAGGUGGUGCUGUAGAUCUGGUUACUGAUGGCGAAGCUUUGGAGCGUCGUGUUGAGGAAGUCGUCAACAAUCUUUGUAAUCAUACUGGAGCGCAGUCGCAAGCCCUGGGGAAGUGGGCAUACUGGACGCAACUGGGGCUCCGUGGCACUGAGAGCGGAGGAGAUGGAUAUGAGGAUGCCGUGGAAUGGGCUGGCAGAAUGAUGGCUCUUCAUGCGAGGUCUGAUGACGCAAAAGAAGGUAUCUCAGCAUUCUUCGAGAAGAGGAAGCCAGACUUCGGUGGUCCAAAAUUGUAGUCUUGGAAUCGCUUGAUGUGUCUCCACAACAGUGCUUUCACGAUUUCCCACAGUUAUGUGAGCGCUUCUCCUACCCGUGUCGCCAUUGGCCAUAUGUUGUCACA